ACGGCGGAGCGGGCUCUCACGUGGAAGCGGGGACUUUUGGCCUGCGGAAAUGAUCACCAGGACCCACAAAGUAGACCUGGGCCUUGGGCUCCUGGAAAAAAAAAAGAAGAAGGUAGUCAAAGAACCAGAGACUCAAUACUCAAUUUUAAAAAAUAACGAUUAUUUCGCUGAUGCUUGUCCUGUAAGAGCCACAUCCCCCUCUAAGAAUGUAGCCCAAGGGCAGGCACCUGAGAUCCUUCUAGUGAAGAAAAGGAAGAAAAAGAAGGGCCACAGCACCCUUUAUGAGGAGCACCUAGAAUCUGAGACUACACUGUGUAUCAGACAGACAGAGAAGUCACCCAGCCCCAGGAAGCAGGCCCUCGGUCACUUGGAGUACCUCACUGGGGAGAAGAAAAAGAAGAGGCAGUCCUUGUUAUCUCCAGCCGUGUCCCAUGGCUCAGGCAUGAAGACUUCCCCAGACCCCAGACAGAGUGAGGAGGUGGCCAGAGCUGGCAAGGAGCUCAAAAAACGCAAGAAGGAAAAAAAGGCCCAGGACACUGCAGCCUUUUCUGUCCGGGACCCUUUGUUCUGUGAGGCCAAGGAUGCUCUGUCUGCUUGCCCAGUGGGGAAGGAGGGUGAGGACCAGGCAGCCCUGGGGCAGAAACGGAAGCAGGGGACCCCCAGGGAUCACAGUGGGAAGAUGAAGAAGAAAAAAAAAAUCCACCAGGAGAGAGACACCCUCCUAGUCUCCUCCAAGCUCUCUAGUUCUGUGAACAGCAGCCCUAGGAAAGGAAGUAAAAAGAAGCCAGUCAAAGUUGAGGCUCCAGAAUACAUCCCAAUUGGAGAUGGCCAUGAGGCCCCAAUAAAGAAGAUGAAGUCCAAGAAAAAGGGAGAGCAGCCGGUCAUUGAGGAGUUGCCUCUAAAAAGGAAGAAAAAGAAGAAGAAAGAGAGCAGGGUGGCAGGAGACCCUUGGAAGGAGGAGCCAGACACAGACUUAGAGGUGGUGUUGGAAAAGAAAGGCAACAUGGACGAGAUGCACAUAGAUCAGGUGAGGCGAAAGGCCUUGCAAGAAGAGAUCGAUCGCGAGUCGGGCAAAACAGAGGCUUCUGAAAGCAGGAAGUGGACAGGAACCCGAUUUGGCCAGUGGGACACUGCUAGUUUUGAAGACGAUCAACAGAAACUGAAAUUUCUCAAACUUAUGGGUGGCUUUAAAAAUCUCUCCCCUUCAUUCAGCCACCCUCCUCGCACGACUGGAAGGCCCAACAUGGCCCUCAGCAAGAAGGCAGCUGACACUCUGCAGCAGAACCUGCAGCAGGACUAUGACCGGGCCAUGAGCUGGAAGUACAACCGAGGGGCCGGCCUCGGCUUCUCUACUGCCCCAAACAAAAUCUUUUAUAUCGACAGGAAUGCUUCCAAGUCAAUCAAGUUGGAAGAUUAAACUCUAGUGUCCUGUCCCCCACAACAGCCAAAAUUCCUUUCAUUGUUCAGUCUUGCAGAUGACAGCCCUCUGACUAUUGUCUCAAAUCACACACCUGCAAAGAUUAAGGACAACUAUCUUGAUGGGCUUGGACAAACUGGGGUGGGGGACAGCUCAUGUUUCAGGAGCCAAGAGAGCAAGUGAGUGUCUAAAACCUACUAUUGUCCAUGUUAAACAUUCCAUCCCUAUCCGAAGACACUGGCGUGUGUAAAUGAUGGUAGGUAACACUUGUUGGGUGUUCAGCAUGUGCCAGGCACAUACUGGCAUGUUUUCCUUGCAUUAAUGUAUUUAAUCUUCAUAAUUAUGAAAUGGGUGCUGUUAUUAUCCCCAUCUUAUAGAUGAGGCAACUGAAGUUCACGGAUAAAGUAGUAAAAUCGCCUGGGGUCACCCAGCCAGUGAGUGCCAAGUGCUAUACUUCUAUACCUCGACCCCAAGUCACUAUUCAUUACUCGGAAUAUCCCUCCUUGGGAAUCUCACCCAGAACACUCGUUGGGGAUUAAAAUGUCUUCUGAUUGAGGAAACAAAUUUUAUGACAUGUCUAAAUCUCAAACAGGAAGUGGAAUUAAUUAAUGAAAAACAAUGACUGGAAAGCUCAUUUUCCUUUGCCCCAUUUUGGAGUAGCUGCAGGCAAAGAGGGGUCUGAGUGGGCACCAAGCAGAUGUGGCUGAGCCGCCUCUGGUGCUGGGAAAUGUGCCUCUAAGCCAGUCUUGCCUUUUCCAGCUGCCAUCCUUCGAUCCUAAGUGCUAAGUUUGGAUUGGACUUUUUGUGCUUUAACUAGAUCCUGAAUAAGGCAUAUUAUUUUAGAGAGCAGUUAGUCCUGCAAAUAAACCAAUGGCAAGUUCCCAGGUUGUGUUCUAUUAGAUUCCUUUGGGUCACAAGCAAGAGAAUCCAGGUGACUUCUGUGGUGGAGGAUGAAUGCAAGGAGGCACAGGACCCAUGGGGGGUAGCACAUGAAGUUGCCUCAGCAGUAACAGCAGGGACAGUGUUUCCAAGCCUGGAUUCCACAGCAAGCCUCGGACAGUUCCAGGUAUAGUUAUCCAAGUGACAUGUGACCACCUUCUUUCCAUUCUCCCAGCUUUUUGCAUCCCCAAAUACAGGUUCUGAUGGGGACACUUUCACAUUACUUGGCCUGAACACCUCCUGUAGGACAUCCCAGCCCAGGUAGGAGGCCUUACCAGCCAGGAAAUCCAAAAUCUCAGUGGCAGGAGGUCCUGAUGGAGGGGGCUGAUUCAGCAGCUCACCAAGGAAACAUUCGUUUUCUCUCUGUUCCAUUGUCCUGUGUUAGCUUCAGACUGGUAGAAGGAUGACAGUAGCAAUUCCAGGCUAUCGGUUCCCUAGAACGUUCCAGAGGAAAAAGAAAAACUUCUUUUUUUGGUUCAAGGAAAAUUCCAGAAGGCCCUCAAGGGACCUUGUUUCAUAUGCCCAUUCCUGCACCAGCCCCUGACAUGGGAGGGAAAGUCAAGAAGAGUGAGAAGCUGAUGCUGGAGAGAUAAGCAUGGUGUCCACUACUGCCCGGACUACUGGCACUUUAGACAACUGGUCUUACCUGGGCUCUGACCUCUGACCCCUGACCCACAAGUGUUGGCCAGGUCAAUAGUCCUACAAGUGGGUGCUAGCAAGGACCCGUUUGGGCCCCUUCCCUCAGAACAUGAACUUGGCCUUUCAUGAUGGAAGAGGCCACCUCAGUGCUUAGAAGGUAGCGUUCUGCAUCUGAGCUAUCUCCUCCUUAGCACCUCCUCCCCCGACAGGAACACAUCUCCUGACCGUAACACUAUAGGAAUUCGCUCGGUGUAAAAGGGAUCAGCCUUUUCUACUCUGAUAGUUUUUAUCUUGAGAGGUCACACUACAGUUUGGGUGUAACUUAGCUCCUCAAAAAUGAUUGCGCUCAGCCAUCUCUUGUGUGAUUCUGGAGAAUAGAUGAUUGAUCUUCCACUGUCCUGCCUCCAUCCAAUCCUUGGUGACUUGACAGCUCUCACUGAGGUGAGAUAGUCAGGUCAGGCCUUUGUCCAAGUGUCAAUAGUCUGUGUAAUUGGGUUGGACUUUUUAAUUCAACAUAUCGCCAUUGGCUUAUGAGUUUCUUUGCUCAGGGGAAGGGUUGUUGCUUUUCUAUGUAGAUGAGAACGUAAAGUCUGUAUCCAGAGAAGGUUGGGCAGCCAAGACAAGAUGCUGAGUGUCCUCAGAAUGAACUUAGCCUUUUCUCUUUGCUUUUCACUCAGAUGAGUAGGUCCUGGUCCUGGGGCAUUCUGCGGGGCUUGGAAGAAUCACUCUGUGCUUCUGAUGUUUGCUGGGAUCGCAUCCUUUGUGAACUAACACUGGUUUGAGCUAUCCCUGCCCCUCCCUUUCCUGUGUCCAGUGCCAUCCCCAAGCUGUCAAAGUUUUUAGUGUGAUUUCCCAUGUUCUCCUUCAUGUCUUGACACUGUGUAGAACACAGCCUGUCUCCAAGGCAUGGGAAUUUGGGGGAGAUGGAGGCUGGGGAGGUCUGGCAGACGGCACAGCCAAGACCUUAGUAAAUAUUUUCCUAGCCCUGAUCUCAAACUUGGCUGUUGGCCCCUUGGGGAUUUCUCACUGAACUUUUUUUUUUUUUUCGGUGGCUGGCCAAUAUGGGGAUCUGAACCCUUGACCUUGGCGUUACAACACCAUGCUCUAACCAACUGAGCUAGCCAGUCAGCCCCCUCACUGAACCUUUUUCUAUGGCAAGGUCCUUUCCUCCUUACAGUUGCCCUUCUCCAGCUGUCUGUCUUAGUCUGAUUCUUGUUCUGUCUGCCUUAGCCCACCAGGCCCUGCCCUGGGACCACCUUCCUACAACUAGUCUGGCCCACCAAAGUCUUUGCCAAAUGGGCUCAGUUCUCUCCUAAAAGAAGUUGUGUAUUCAGCUCUGUGAACUAUUAGAACUGUUCAGAAUUGCAGUAGGUAGAAUAAAGCCCCCUGCCCCCUGAAGAUAGUUGUGGAACCUGUGAAUAUGUUAGGUUACAAAAUAAAAGGGAACUACGGUUGCUAAUGAGCUGACCUUAAAAUAGGGAGAUUAUCCUGGAUUGUCUGGGUGGGUCCAGUGUAAUUAUAAGGGUCCUUAAAUGUAGUAGAGAGCAAGAGUUAGUGAAGAGACUUGUAAGAAAGUUGAUCAGCCAUUGCUGGUUUUGAAGGUGGGAAGGAAGGGGCCACAAGCCAAGGAAUGUGGGUGGCCUCUAGAAGCCAGAAAAGGCAAGAAAACUUUCCCCUAGAGCCUCCAGAAAGGAAUGCAGCCCAGCUGACAAUUUUUAGCCCAUUGAGACCAGUUGGACUUUGAUCAACAGAACUGUAAGAUAAAGUUGUGUUGUUUUAAGCCACUAAAUUUGUGAUAAUUUGUCAAAGUAGCAACAGAAAACUAACACAGGUCUCACUUAGAAGUUUCUUUCAUUUCUUAAAAUUCUUGCUUGGAUUUUUUUAUUGCGCUGUCCUUCCUAAUAGUAGACUUCAUCUUGUGUAGACUGUGGUAUUCAGAGACUGGCUUAUUGGUUUAGUAAUGAGCUGGGGAAAACUGCACACAAGAACAUAAAAUCUAAGUCUCUGUGUGGGCAAGGCGAUAUGAUUCUGGUGUAAUGUGUACUUGACCUAAUGUGAAAGUUCAAGUUCAGGUUAACGUAAAAGCAAUAAGAAUUCACUGGCCCAGCAUUGGGAACUAAUGCUGUCCAACGUGUACAGCUCUAAGUGGAAACAACUUGAAGAGCACAAUCUAUGAAUUUGCCAACUGUUUUACAUUUAAAUAGCAUCAUAGAGUAAAAGUAGUAUAUAAAAUGGUUUUAAUGGAAUUUGUUAAACAAAGGCCACUUGGGAGUAUUGGAGCAAUACCACAAUGCUUUUGGAGUUUCUGUAUGUUUUGUUUAUUAAAGAGGAGGA